AUGGCCGACCAGGAAGUGGAUUUGGAUUCUAUCAUCGAUCGCCUUUUGGAGGUGAGGGGCAGCCGUCCCGGCAAACAGGUGCAGCUCCUGGAGUCUGAGAUCCGUUACCUGUGCACCAAGGCCCGUGAGAUCUUUAUUUCUCAGCCCAUUCUUCUGGAGCUCGAGGCCCCUAUCAAGAUCUGCGGUGAUAUUCACGGUCAAUACUACGAUCUCCUCCGUCUGUUUGAAUAUGGCGGUUUCCCUCCAGAGGCCAACUACCUUUUCCUCGGUGACUACGUCGACCGUGGUAAGCAGUCGCUCGAGACCAUCUGCCUGCUCCUCGCGUACAAGAUCAAGUACCCUGAGAACUUCUUCAUUCUGCGUGGCAACCACGAGUGCGCCUCCAUCAACCGUAUUUACGGUUUCUAUGAUGAGUGCAAGCGACGAUACAACAUCAAGCUGUGGAAGACUUUCACCGAUUGCUUCAACUGCCUGCCUAUUGCUGCUAUCAUUGACGAGAAGAUUUUCACCAUGCACGGUGGUUUGAGCCCGGAUCUCAACUCGAUGGAGCAGAUCCGCCGCGUUAUGCGUCCUACUGAUAUCCCCGACUGUGGCCUUCUUUGCGAUCUUUUGUGGUCCGACCCCGACAAGGAUAUCACUGGCUGGAGCGAAAACGACCGUGGUGUCUCAUUCACAUUCGGCCCCGACGUGGUGUCACGCUUCCUCCAGAAACACGAUAUGGACUUGAUAUGCCGUGCGCAUCAGGUUGUGGAGGACGGAUACGAGUUCUUCUCGAAGCGGCAGCUGGUCACGCUAUUCAGCGCGCCCAACUACUGUGGUGAAUUCGACAAUGCGGGUGCAAUGAUGAGCGUUGACGAGUCUCUGCUCUGCUCCUUCCAGAUCCUAAAACCAGCCGAAAAGAAACAAAAGUACGUCUACGGUGGCAUGAGCUCCGGCGCGCCCAAUACUCCUCCGCGCAAGCAAAAGAAGAAGUAA